AUGAAACUUAUACUUCUUACGAAAAUGGCAGAACAACUGGUACAAAAAACUUAGCUUGAUUCACACACACAGUAGAGUAUUGAUUGUAUAAUUAACAGCGAAUAAAUUAAAGGUGGAAGAAGAAGCUAAGAAUAAUCAUUCUUCAUUGCUUUAAUCAUCCAAAGCCAGCUAGCUUAGCUUCCUGCUGUCUUACUGAGCUGCUUUAUAUAAUUAAUUUGCUUCUGUACGUCUUGGCUAUAUAUAAAAUAUGGAGACAGCGGCUGAACCAGCAGUAGCGGUAGAGAAACCGGCGGUUCCUCCUCCUCCAGCCGCCGCUCUGAAGCCAGAAGAACCACCUCUUGCUUCCGCCGCCGCUCAUAACAUGGAGCCAGCCACAGAGGUUGUCCCGCCGGUCCUCCCGGAAAAGCCCGUUGCCGUCGCUCACAAGAAUCUUGAUCAUCCUCCGUUGAGUACAGGCCCGAAGCCAUCCCUGGACAGAGAUAUUGCUCUUGCAAAGAUCGAGAAUGAGAAGAGAGAUUCCUUUAUUAAGGCAUGGGAAGAGAGUGAAAAGAGCAAAGUAGAGAACAAGGCCCAAAAGCAGCUUGCUGAAGUGCUGUCCUGGGAAAACACCAAAAAAGCAAGUUAUGAAGCAAAAUUGAAAAAGAUCGAGGAAGAGCUGGAGAAGAAGAAAGCAGAAUACGCGGAGAAGAUGAAGAACAAAGCAGCUUUGGUUCAUAAGGAAGCAGAAGAGAAGAGAAGUGUGGCUGUUUCCAAACGGAACCAAGAGAUCUUAAAAAUUGAAGAGGCGGCUGCAAAGCUCCGGGCAAGCGGGCAGGUCCCUAAGAAGGCCUUGCUUGGCUGCCUAGGCUGACCCGAAUCGGCUGCUGCUUCAAAUUUAUUUUAAAUAUUAGUUUAUUUGCUGUGAAUUUGCAUGUUUCUUGUUUGUAUGUAUGUAUGUUGAUGCAUGUGUGUUUUAUUCUACAUGUGAUGUGUCAUUUCCCGGUUUCGUUCUUUGUAUACACAAAUGCUUUUGCCUUGAUUAUUUGAUAUAAAAGAUUUACCAAAUAUUACAAACUUUAGAGAUGUGUAUAUAUGUUGAAUGUCUCGAACCAUUCGGGGUAUGAGAUUAAGCUUAUGGAAACGGUUAUAGAGUACUCGAUUU